CUCCCUCCGCGCCUCAAGCUCGACGAUGCCGACAUAACACUCUCUUACCUCAAGGGCUCAGGCCCCGGGGGGCAAAAAAUUAACAAAACAAAUUCCGCCGUGCAACUAAUUCACCAGCCGACCGGAAUCGUCGUGAAAUCUCAAGCCACAAGAUCACGAGCGCAGAAUGAGAAAUAUGCGCGCCAAAUUCUCGCUGAUAAGGUCGAGCAGGCCCUGAGGGGUGACCAGAGUCGUGUCGCGCUGAAGGCAGAUCGCGAGCGGAAGAAGAAAGCGAGCAAGGUAAAGAAGAAUCGGAGGAAGUAUCGGGAGUUGGAAGACGGGAGGACUGCGGAGGAAGGAGAAGGGGAAGAAAAG